AUGGGUGCUAUUGCCACAACCAACCUAAAAUUCCCUCGCUUCCAAGAGGAGACACGCAGCUGCACCCCUCUUUUCGGAAAUUGCUGCUUCUCUGGAGGGGCGAUGCCUGCAUCCGCUGUCAGCAACAGUAGCAGCAACAGCAACAGCUCUAGCAGCACUGGAUGCUCCCCUCCCUCGCAGGAAGGCGUGCUUGACGGACAGAAUUCAGCAGACAAACCCAAAAUUCCCCGCGUUGGUCCUUCUACUGCAGGACCCCGUCCUGACUGGUUUCAUGUGCCAGCUCCCAAGGGUGCUGGCUCUCGAUUUGCACUGCUCACAGAGCAAAUCCGAGGGCUCAAGCUCCAUACAGUGUGUGAAGAGGCCAAAUGCCCUAACAUCGGAGAGUGCUGGGAGGGAGGCACAGCUACGCUGAUGCUCCUGGGGGAUACUUGUACGCGAGGCUGCAGAUUUUGUGCAAUUAAAACAUCUGCGAAGCCCCCGCCCCCAGAUCCUCUAGAGCCGAAGAAAGUCGCCGAUGCCGUUGCGCAGUGGGAUAUCGAUUACAUUGUGCUCACCAGCGUCGACCGAGAUGACAUGCCGGACGGCGGUGCGGCCCACUUCGCGGAGACAGUUAGACACAUUAAGGAGAAGAAGCCAGAUAUGCUCGUCGAGUGCCUUGUUUCUGACUUCCAGGGCAUGCGAUCGUCGGUGUCGCUGCUGGUCAACUCUGGGCUUGACGUGUAUGCACACAACGUGGAAACUGUGCCGCGUCUUGCGCCGUUUGUGAGGGACCGGCGUGCCUCCUUUUCGCAGUCUCUGUCUGUGCUGCGGAUGGCAAAGGAAGAGAAGCCUGGUCUUUUCACAAAAACCUCCAUCAUGCUUGGGCUGGGAGAGACGGAGGCAGAAGUGGGGGAGGCCCUUAAGGCCAUACGAGAUGCUGGCGUUGACGCCGUCACCCUCGGGCAGUACCUCCGCCCAAGCAAGCAGCAGCUCGGCGUUGUUGCCUUUAUCUCGCCCCAACAGUUUGAGGUGUACAGACAGCUCGCGCUGGACCUCGGAUUUCGAUACGUCGCCUCAGGGCCCCUGACAAGAAGCAGCUACAGAGCGGGCGAGUUUUACCUCUCCUCACUUCUCAGGGGCAGCGUCGCCAAACUGCAAGCAGACGUAGGGGGAAUCAAAGGCCAGUACACCACCGUUCAACAGCCAGACGCCAAGUAA